AUGGCGGUUUCCACCAGCUCGUUCUUCCACCCCCGGAGCGCGGCCGAGGUGCCCGCAACCCCCCUUGCCUUCCCGCGCAACAACUGGCUCAGCCUGGAGGCAUUCGGGUUCCCGCCGUACAACACGCGCGAGUACAAGUACGAGGCGUGCUGGGCAGCCGCCGAGGCGAGCAUGUCGUGGUCACGCACGCUGGGCGUCGCUGCAGAGGUCGAUACCGACGGGACGCCGUACGUACCGGCGGUGCCUCGCGCGCCUGCCGUGGACGUUGUCGACGACACGGUGUUCAUGCUCGCGCUCUUUGACAAGGUGCACGAGAUCAUGUGGUACGCCAGCAUGCGCGCGGUGUUCGACAAGAACCGCACCCGCCAGACGGCCCUGCAGUGGACGACGUGGACCGACGACCUGGUUGAGAGCGUGUACGACACAACGCUGAAGAAAACUCCAGGUCGUGAACGUCCGGCCCCCACGUUCGAAGAAGUGUAUUGGUUCGUGCGAGACGCGCUCGAUGUGUGUGGUGACGAAUGGGACCUGGUCGCGCGCCCGCCGCGGCGCCCAGAGGGGUACAUCCCGUUCCCGACCAGUGUGCUCGGCCGCUUCGCCGCAACGUACGCCCAGCACUCAUACGUCGAAGUCAUCGACGUCCCCGGCGCAGAGGAGCGCCUUGUCACAGUCCCCGCCAGCGCGGACGUGCCGGCCCCGUGGCAGCCCGUGGAGGAGGGGGCCGUGUACGCCGCCAGUGGGCUCCACGCCGCCCUCAAGCUGAAGGACGCGUACCGCGCUGAGCAGGAUGCCUUCUACGACGACUUUGAGCACGCAACCCUGCAGUGCGACCCCCUUUCUGGAGCUCAGCUGGACGCCGCCAUUCCUCCGACUCCCUCCGCCCCGACUGUGUCAUCGGCUCCGACUCGCACACCGCUCCCCGACCUUGGCUAG